GGGUUGGUGGGACAGAGCCGACCAGUACGUCUGGGAAGCCAUCCCCAGGCCAAGGGUAAACUGAGGCUCAGCAGGCUCCGGGAAGCCGGUUGCCUGGUGCGUGAGGAGGAGAUCUGGGCCCAGGAGCCCCUUGGGUGGUCUCGGCUCUGCCCAGAGCCCACCUCACAGCUGUCAUUUUCUUCCCACACUUGCCUCGUUGGCGUUGGCGGACCUGUUCCCUCUGAUCGUGUCUCCCCUGAGGCUGCGGGCUCGGUGGGGCGGGAACUGUGUUUGUCUCACUGGCUGCUGGGCGAGGCGGGGCAGCGGAAGGGGAAGGACAGAGGGUGACGUGGGUGCGUGGGUGUGUAGGUGAUGCAGCUGGGUCACAGCAGGAGUGGGCAGCCUGCACGAUGGUAGGGACCCAGCUGUGCUUGAGGCGUGUUGCAGGAGCAGAAGAGCGAGCUGCGCAAGCGGCUGUCCUACACCACGCACAGGCUCCAGAAACUCGAGAGCGAGUUCGGCUCCACGCGCAGCUACCUGGAGGUCGAGCUGCGGCGCGCGCAGGAGGAGCUCGAGAAGGUCACUUUGAAGCUGCGCAGGUCAGGGAUUCAAAGCAACUACAUGUCGCUGCAGCGGAUCAACCGGGAGCUGGAGCAGAAGCUGUACCGCAUGGGCAAGCACUACGACGAGGAGAAGCGAGCUCUGAGCCACGAGAUCGUCGCUCUCAACAACCACCUGCUGGAGGCCAAGAUGACCAUCGACAAGCUGGCCGAGGACAACGAGCUCUAUAGGAAGGACUGCAAUCUAGCGGCCCAGCUGCUGCAGUGCAGCCAGACCUACGGCAGGGUCCAUAAGGUGUCCGAGCUGCCCGCGGAAUUCCAGGAGCGCUUGAGCCUGCACCUGGAGAAGCACGGCUGCAGCAUGCCCUCCACGCACUGCCGCCCGGGCAGCGUGCCGCUCUGCGUCAUUGCCAAGGUGCUGGAGAAGCCGGAGCCCAGCAGCCUGUCCUCCCCCCUGUCGAUGUCGGUCUCGGUGUCGGAUGCCUCCACCCGAGACCUGGGCUUCCGGGAGGGGAUGCCCAAGUCGAGCCUGCUGCCCCCCUACAAGGAGGAUGCCUACUGCAGCGACUCGGCCCUCUUCUGCCCCGAGAGCCGCGACCGCGACCGGCGGCCCAGCGUGGACGCGGUCGCCAGCGAUAUGAGCUUCCUGCAGACCCAGAAUUCCACCGACAGCGCCUGCGGGGAGGAGGAGGCCGGGGCGGCGGCCUACCCCGAGGCCUACCCCGAGGAGUUCCGGCGGGAGGCCUUCCCCGGCUACACGGCCUCGCUGCCCACGUCCAGCUCCUACUCGAGCUUCAGCGCCACGUCGGAGGAGAGGGAGCACGGCGAGGCCAGCACCAUGACCGCCUCGCAGCGGGCCGUCUACCUGGAUAGCCGCGAGCAGCUCUUCCAGCGCCAGCCGGCCCCCACCUACCAGAGCAGCCGGCCCUAUGCCAAGGCCUCGGGGGCCCUGCUGGAAGCCCCAGUGCCCCCAGAGUUCGAGCUCGAGACGACCUUCCCCUCCCACCAGGCUGAGCCCUUCAGCCUCCAGGCCGUCCCCAAGACCCUGGUGUCUCCCAACCUGUGGAGCCUGCGGGCCAAGUCCCCGUCGUCCCGCAUGCCCCGGGGGGAGGCGCGCAGCCCGCGCGAGCAGUGGCGCCCCGUGCACGUGGAGGAGAUGGGGGCCCACGCCUUCCCGGUCCCCUCGCGGCGACUCUCGCCCCGCAGCUUCUCCCAGCGCCACUACGCCAGCGUGGCGCAUGGCCGCGCCAGCCCCCUGUACGCCAGCUACAAGGCCGACAACUUCUCGGAGGAUGACGACUUCUCCCAGGGCCACCUGGCCGAGUCCUGCUUCCUCGGGGCGUGCGGCUCUGCCAAGCCGAUGCCCAGCUACGCUGCCAGCGAAGAUGAUGGCGACAGGCCCCAGGGCCAGCUGUGCGGGGUGGCCAGCCCCGAGCCCGACAGCCUCUUCAGCUCCAGAGAUUCCUUCGAGCCCAGCUCCAUGGAGGGUUCCCCUGAAAUGCAUCCCGCGGCCCGCCGGAACCCCCAGGCAGCCUUCUCCCGGAGCCGGAGCUCCGGCCUCAGCCGCAAGGAUAGCCUCACCAAAGCCCAGCUCUACGGAACCCUGCUCAACUAAACGCCUGCCCACAGGCCACGGCCACGGCCGGGGGCACCCGCCGCCCACUGUGCAAUCUAGGGCGCUGCCCCACCUAUCUGGACACUUACUCCCCCGGGCACUGCCCACAAUGACUCCUCUCCCUCUUACUGACCCCUCUCUGCCUCGAACUGACCUCUCUCCCUCUUACUGACCCCUCUCUGCCUCAAACUGACCCCUCUCCCUCGUACUGACCCCUCUCUGCCUCAUACUGACCCCUCUCCCUCUUACUGACCCCUCUCUGCCUCAUACUGACCCCUCUCCCUCUUACUGACCCCUCUCUGCCUCAUACUGACCCCUCUCCCUCUUACUGACCCCUCUCUGCCUCAAACUGACCCCUCUCCCUCAUACUGACCCCUCUCUGCCUCAUACUGACCCCUCUCCCUCUUACUGACCCCUCUCUGCCUCAUACUGACCCCUCUCCCUCUUACCCCUCUCUGCCUCAUACUGACCCCUCUCUGCCUCAUACUGACCCCUCUCUGCCUCAAACUGACCCCUCUCCCUCUUACUGACCCCUCUGCCUCUUACCCCUCUCUCCCUCUUACUGACCCCUCUGCCUUGUAGUGACUUCUUUGACUUGUAGUGUCUCUCUCUCCCUUGUAGUGGACCCUCUCUCCCACAGUGACCCCUCUUCCACAGUGACACCCUUCCCACAGUGACCCCUCUGCCUCGUAGGACCCCUCUCCCACAGUGACCCCCCUCCCACAGUGACCCCUCCCUCGUAGGACCCCUCUGCCUCGUAGGACCCCUCUCUCACGUAGUGACCCCUCUGCCUUGUAGUGAACCCUCUCCCACAGUGACCCCUCUCCCUCGUAGGACCCCUCUGCCUUGUAGUGACCCCUCUCCCACAGUGACCCCUCUCCCUCGUAGUGACCAGUGCAGCCUGAGAAGAGGACCCCUGUGAUGUGUGACCCCAGCGCCACCACGACGGAACUCCCCGAGGACGUUUCUCACACCAACAUCGCUCCCCACCCGAGACGAGCAUUCCCCCCUUUUAUAAAGUGAAACUAUUUUUCUAGAGAUAAAGGGUCUUUCUCAACGCACGUGGCCUCCAGCUCCCUGGAUGGCAGCCUUGCGUUUCCAACACACAGCUCCUGUUUUCCGGGCGAGGACAUGUGGGGCCUGGCCCUUGGAGGGAAGGACAGUGUCGACACCUCGAAAGCCAGCGACAAGGAAACCUGGAGCUCUGCCCACAAGGAGGGGAACCCGCGGGUGAAGGGACGUGAGACGUCGUGAACUGUUUCCGUGUGCGGCUGACCCGCACCCAGCUCUCCCGUGGUCGUCGUCCCGAGUCGGGCCGGUGCUCAUCCCCGUUCCCGGUGCUCGUCCCCGUGUCCCGCUGCCCGCACCACCUGGCUCUACCUCAGCCGUAAAGAGCCUCUCGGACUCCGACCCCCGGCCCCCGACCCCCGGCCCCCGUCCCGUGGCUUGCUCUCCUGUCGUCUGUGAUGCAUGCCGUCCAGUCACUACUGUAUUUGACACUCACUAAUAAACGUG